AUGGCGGGCGCGGUUCGUCCUGAUGGCCUGUGGUGGGCCGUCGCAUCGGUGCUGCUGAUAAUUAGCAGUUUAUAUAAUCCAUCGGCCGAAGCUCAACAGAGACCGAAAAUUACCGAACACCCGAAGGAUGCGGUAGCCGCGAAGGACGAACCGCUGACACUGAACUGCAAGGCGACGGGACGGCCACCGCCCGAGUUCGUCUGGUACCAGAACGGGGUGCCACUGUCACCGUCCGAUCGGCGCGUUAUCCUGCCCGAGGGAUCCCUGUUCUUCCUGAGGGUGACCCAGAACAAGCGGGAACAGGAUGCGGGCGUGUACCACUGCGAAGCCCGCAACUCGGCCGGGGUCGCCAUCAGCGAGAACGCGACACUCCAGAUCGCGGUACUGCGCGAUGACUUCCGGUUGGUGCCGAAGGACACGGUCGCCUUGGUCGGGGGGCCCGUCAUCCUGAACUGUACGCCACCGCGCGGCAUCCCGGAACCGUCGGUCCUGUGGAUCAAGGACGGUAAGAUCCUGGACAUCAACGGGAAACACCAUUCGCUGGUCGAUUCGGGCAGUUUGCUGAUUUCGGAGAUCCAACCGAGUGAUUCGGGCCGAUACGAGUGUUCGGCCCAGAGUAUGGCCGGGACGAAGACGACUCCGGCCGCCUACCUGAAGGUCCUCGCGCCGCCAACGAUCGUCAAGAGUCCGCACGACACGGAGGUGCUGGAGGGUGAAGGAUUCGACCUGCCGUGCGGACUGGCCGGUGAUCCGAAGCCGAUCGUGUCGUGGCGCAAGGAGAGUGGCCGGUUGCCGGAGGGUCGCUCGCGGAAGCUGCUCGACAACACGCUCCGGAUCGAGGAUGCGCGCCAGGAGGACGAUGGGAAGUACUACUGCGAGGGCCACAACGAGGGUGGCAACGUGACGAUCUCGGUGUAUCUGUACGUGUACGAGGCGCCCACCUUCAUGGAGGCUCCGGUCGAUGUGGUGAUCCGCGAGGGCGAAUCCAUUACGUUGCCGUGCCGGGCGAAGGGUCGGCCCGGGGUGCGCAUCUUCUGGGAUCGGAUCGAUCGGAAGCACGUGGACAAUGGGCACGACGACCCACCGGGGGGUGGUGUGGGUGAAGGCGAAGAGACCGGCGAUGACCAUGGUAUGUCCCCGGAUGGGGCCCACAGCAGGCGACGUCGGAGGAGCGCGGCCUUCGUUGCUCCGAUCGAUCCGGGCGCUUCGUUCGUGGCGAACUCGAGUGACGGUGUUCGUGGGGUCGGCGGUGGCAAUUGGUCCAUCAAGAUCGAGCCCGUCUCGGAGCGGCAGCUCCGCCGCCAGUACCCCGCUUCCCGGUUGGUUGUGGCCGCCCUCGAGCAGCGCCACCGGUUGCUGCUACGCAACCGACGCAAUGCGGCCGAAGAGCAGGAUCAAGGCCCGGGAGCAACCCUGGAGACCGCAACGGACCGAACCGGAGGGGCCACUGGCAGCAGCAGCACCAGCACCAGCACUCAGCACCCGCCAAGCAGUAGCGUGAUCGAGUUCGAGGAGACCGGUGGCCUGACGUUGAAGCAGGUCUCGAAGGGCGAUGAAGGGUGGUAUGCGUGCGCUGCCAUCAACGAGGCGGGCAGCAUCGUGAAGAAGAUCCACAUCAAGGUGCUGGACGUGGACGAACCGGUCGAUGCGCGGAAGGAGCAGAUCCCGGCGUACGAGCAGCACCGGUGGGUCAACAACCACCAGUUCAUCGUCCUAAACAACGUGUACACGGUUUCGGCCAGCUCGAUCGGCAUCACCUGGGACGUGACGGACAGCACGUCACGGAUGCAGCUCCGGAUGUACUACCGCGCAGUGACGAAACCCGUCGACUACUACCUCUACAACUCGUCCUUCAGCAGCGUCGUGACGACGAGCAAUCUGAAGGAGCUAACGCUCGAGGGUUUGCGACCGUACAGUGAGUACGAGAUCUUUGCCAGCAUCCCCGAGGGACUGGCGGGUUCCGUUUCGAAUGUGCGCCGCGGGAAGACACUCGAUGGGCCACCGACGGCUCCACCGACCGAUGUGCGGGUCGGGGUCAUCAACACGACCGCGGCAUUCGUCCGCUGGUCACCACCACCGGUCCAUCUGCUCAACGGGGAACUCACCGGCUACAAGAUCCAAAUCAAAUCGAACGCCACCAACAAGGUGCUGGGCCAGAUGUCCCUGAACUCGUCGACCCAGUCGGUCGUCAUCAACAGUCUGACGCCCGGUGCGAUGUACAUUGCGCGGGUUGCUAGUUUAACCGCGGGCGGCAUAGGUCCGUACAGCUCUCCGACGCCACUGCACAUGGAUCCGCAGAAUAUCGUGAGAUCCGAUCCGACCCCGAGCUACUGGACCGCCUCGUGGAUGUCCGGGACGGCCCUGGUGGUGCUGUGCGUUGGCCUGAUCAGUGGAGCCGUGUUUGCGAUCUUCUGGACGGUGCGCAAAAAGCAGAGCGUCAAAGCGUCCUAUCCGGGCCCAUCCGUCACGACGAUCAUCCCGGACAAGCAGCACACGCUCUGGCUACACGGGAACACCCUCGUGAAGGGUCCGUCUCACUCACUCGAUCCCCCCAGCACCUCGGAAUACGCCGAGCUUACCAACAACACGAUGCCAUCGGUCCAGCAGCAACAGCAGCAGGUCGGUGGCAAACUGAUGAUGAUGGGACCCGGCAACCUGCCACCGGAACCGUACGCUACCGUGACACUCCAGCGCGGUGGCAUGAUGACCCUCGGUGGUCUCGGAGGACCCCCACCACCACCGCCACCGGUGGGCGGCAUGGGGGGCCCCACUCUGUCCGAGGAGUCGUGCCUGAAGUGCUCGAACGGUAACAGUCCGGCAUCGAGCAGCGAGUACAAUGCCCCGAUGCGGGAACCGAUCAACAUAUCAGACGUGUUGCCACCCCCGCCAGACCACCCGUACGGCACCUACCGGCCACCGAACAACAUGACGAUCCGCACCAACCCGGCCGCCCUCUCCCCGCAGAUGGUACGGAAGGGUUGUCCGGGAGGUCCGGGCCCGCAACAGCAGCAGUCACGGUGGGACACAUUGCCACCGCCCAUUCCGAGCUUCCCGCAGAACUGGAUCCGGCCACACCAACACCCCCACGCGCACCCACACCCACACCAUCACCACCACCCGGAUAUGUACAACAACGUGAACGGGACUACGGAGAACGACUACGAGAGUGGGUCGGUGCUGUACGAGCAGUGCUACCGGACGGGCCCUCCGUCGGGUGGUAGUUCGGCCGGCGCCGGAAGUGGCAUCACCGAUCCGAUGCUGAUCGGAGGCAACAUCGAGUUCUUCAGCCGAGCCGGUGAACCGACGGAGGAGUUUUACCGUAACGUGAACCAGGAGUUCUCGGACGAUAUGGGUUUCGAGCCGGCCAGCCCACCGGCCCCGUGCCCGGAAGCGGUCCCGUUCAACGGUGGUCCUGGAGGAGGCGGCAAGUAUCUGACGUCAUCGGGCGAAAGCCCCAUGAUGACGGCCCGGCGGUUGCACGCCGCUGGCGGUGGUCGCGGUGGCCUCGGUGGCCACCAUGGUGGUGGGUACGGCACGGCCGGGUCUCAUCCUUGCCCCGCGCAGCAACCGCCGCCACCACCCCAGAUGCACCACGGCCACGGGCAGAACAGCGUGGAGCACAGUUCCGACGACAGCGACUGCGACUGUGGCAACGGCAGCAACGAGGGGCGGUGGGUGCCCCGCACGAAACCGCGCACCCGCAGCCGGUCCAAGUCCACGGACCGAAAGUACAACCGGAAUCUCAUACGAUAA